AUGGAUAUUCGUCCAAAUCACACCAUAUACAUCAAUAACCUCAACGAGAAAGUGAAGAAAGAAGAAUUAAAGAAGUCUCUUUACGCAAUUUUUUCCCAGUUUGGCCAAAUCUUGGAUAUCGUGUCUUUGAAAAACAUGAAAAUGCGAGGACAGGCGUUUGUUAUUUUCAAAGAAAUAAGUAGUGCCACUACUGCUCUUCGAUCUAUGCAAGGUUUUCCCUUCUAUGACAAACCAAUGCGCAUUCAGUACAGCAAAACAGAUUCGGAUGUCAUAUCAAAAAUGAAAGGAACAUUCCAAGAAAGACCCAAAAAAGUUAAGAAGACUGUAGCCCCGUCUGAAGAGAAUGUACCAGAUUCCAAGAAAGCAAAACGUAAAGCAGCAAAGGAACAGGCACGCCUUUUGAAUCCUGCUGCAAUGUCAGGCAUGGGUCAAGGAAUGAUGCCUGGUUAUGGACAAAUGGCCGGAGGACAGACUGUUGGCUCACUUGUAUCAACAUCUGUACCUGAACAGCCACCUAAUCAAAUCCUGUUCUUGACUAAUUUGCCAGAUGAAACAAGUGAAAUGAUGUUGUCAAUGUUAUUUAACCAGUUUCCUGGCUUUAAGGAAGUUCGUUUGGUGCCAAAUCGUCAUGAUAUAGCUUUUGUUGAAUUCGAGAAUGAACUCCAAUCAGGUGCUGCAAAGGAUGCGUUACAAGGUUUUAAAAUAACACCAUCGCAUGCAAUGAAGAUAUCGUUUGCCAAAAAGUAA